CUCAGUUCCGCUGCUCGCCGCAGUGCCUGCGCUUCGUUUUGCGCUUGCUGCUCACUCAAAGCUGAGUCGUUCGUUGCUGAUUUCUAGAGCUUGAAGGGUACAUCUGCAUUUUUGUCUCAACGAAACUUGGAAACAAAGAAAAUGGCAGAAAACAAGACCGAGUUUCAGUGCAGUGGUGUGGUUGGUGGUGAUUUUGAAGCUGUCAGGAAGAAGGGGAUUGAGUUUGAUCCUCCGUUAUACAAACAGCGUUACUUCUUCGUGAAAGACUUGGUGAAUCAACAUAAGACCAAGAAGGUUGCAGACUUGGGGUGUGGUGACAAUACGCUCUUAUGGAUCCUAAAAAUCCACAGUUGUGCUGAACUGCUUGUUGGAGUAGAUAUCAAUGACUCUGUGUUACAUUACUCAAGGAAUAAGCUAUCCCCAUCCUGGGGGGACCAGCUGAGUCCCCGGGAUCUGGAUUUGACCGUUACUCUGUAUAUUGGCUCUGCCGUGGAGAGAGAUAGCCGUUUACGUGGGUUUGACUUAAUAACAUGUAUUGAAUUAAUAGAACAUUUGAAUUCAGAAGAUCUGGCCAGGUUUCCUGAAGUUGUAUUCGGAUACUUCUCUCCAUCCAUGAUCGUCAUCAGCACACCAAACUCUGAGUUCAACCCCCUGUUUCCAUCGGGUAACGCCUUAAGAGACCUAGAUCACAAGUUUGAGUGGAACAGAAUGCAGUUUCAGACCUGGGCUUUAGAUGUGGCAAAUCGCUACAAUUACUCUGUGGAGUUUACCGGUGUUGGGGAACCACCAGCAGGAGCUGAGAACGUUGGAUAUUGUACCCAGAUAGGGAUCUUCCGGAAAAAUGAAGCAAAGGCAACCAAAUUGUGCAUUUCAGAGCAGGACGAUGAACACGUUUAUGAACUUUUUUAUACAGAAUUGUAUCCGAGUUUACAGCAAGAAAAAGUGCGUAAAUUUGUAGUGCUUAAUGAAGUGUACCGACAAGUCUACCUCAUGAGACGCAGAUUUAUUAAAAUUCUGGAUCCGCUGGCUGCCUCUAUAUUUAAUUCAGCAGACUGUGACCCUGCAAAAGUGGAGGAGAGACGGCUUCUUGGACCACCAAUGUUCACAGAUGCCCGAUUAGCUGAGAUCAGACUCCUUGGACCACCCUUCACAGAAGCUGAAAAAACCGAGUUCAUACUUCUUGGACCGGCCUUCACAGAAGCCGAGAAAACCAAGAUAGUGAAUUCUCCCAAACCUUUUUGUGUUGGAAAUGAGUUUUGUGUACCCCUAGAAAGGCUUCUUGCUUAUCCCAAGGUGAACCGUAUAUGUGACAGCAUAGAGACGCUAAAAAUGUACAUUGCUGACACAGUAACACUGAGCAGCGAUGGUUCUGCAAUGAAGGUUGACAUACCUGAUCAUGAUGAUUACUGAGCCAUCCUCAUUUCCUGUAAUUCGGGGUCUUAACAGUAGUUGGGUUCAUUUAGAAUUUAAACUUUUUGUGUAGUCAUAAUUCAAGAAACUUUUUUGAAAUUUCCUAUCUUUUUUUUAAUAUGCUUUUUUAGCAGGUAGGUGUUGAUAGUUUACAAUGUAAUAUACUUAUGUUUUUUG